AUGUGGGAAGAUGAGGAGGUUGCUGCGAUCCGUAUUCCUUUCGAGAAGAUAACUUCGACGAAGCUCAUAAGCUACGGGGGAAACGGGCAAGUAUACCUCGGCACAUAUUGCGGCGACCAAGUGGCAGUAAAGCGCUUACUUCCUGAUAAACGGAAGAAGUUGCAAGAGGUCAAUACCUUUCUCGCGGAGAUCAAGAUGAUGGCGAGUGUCGAGCACCCGCGCAUCGUGCGCUUUAUCGGCGCAGCAUGGGAUUCUCUCACGGACCUCUGUGCUGUAUCGGAGUUCAUGCACGGUGGUGACUUGCACUCGUUGCUGAAGCGAUUCGAAGAGUUUGAGAAACGGCCGCACGGAUUUGACUAUGACAAGGCUCGCAUCGCUCUCCAAGUAGCUCAUGCGUUAGUGUAUUUGCACUCCCUCGCUCCAACAGUUCUUCAUCGCAACCUCAAGUCCAUGAAUAUCCUGCUGUCGUCCAAGCUAGAAGCAAAGAUCACGGACUUUGGGAUGGCAAGGCAGUGGAACGUCGACACGAUGACUGCCGAUGUGAGCACCGCAUUGUGGAUGGCGCCUGAGGUCGUGAUGGGUGAACGCUACGAUGCAAGUGCCGAUAUCUUCUCGUUCGGCGUCGUUCUGUCCGAGCUGGACUCGCACUUGCUGCCGUAUCGCGACACGUUGUUUGUGAACGGGCAGCAGACGUCCAACGUUGCGAUAUUGACGAUGCUCACAUCGGGUCAGCAAAGACGUAUCAACUUUUCAUCCAGCGUUCCAUCAGAACUUGUGAACUUAGGUCAGACGUGCGUCGACCUGGACCCCAAAGCACGUCCGAGUGCCAGUGAGCUGCUUUACCGACUGCAGACUAUCUUUCGGAUGUACGAGAUCUACACUAUCGGAUACAACAAGUCUUAG